AUGUAUUCGUCAAUGGUACAGGGCAGGCUACUUUCGUCCCUCGCCCGACCCUGCCGUUUCGUCGCCCAUCGCCGCUACCCCCCAACUCUCGCCUCGUCGGCACGUCGCUUUCAUCUUACGCCGAAAUGGCUGUCGAGCGCACCGGCUGAUCCCAGCGACUCUCGGGACUCGCCUCCGGAAAGCAUAGCUCACGAUAUUCCUGCGCUGAACUCGGAACAUACGCCCUCCGAAGAUGCUCCUUCGACAAGUCCGAUAACACCUACAGAACGAUCCGUGAAGAAAGAUUCGGGCCCCUAUGGGUCAGGUGUACGGAGAGCAUUAAGGAACCGGAGACAAGGCAAAGAUCUGACUGCUCCGGUGGCAACUGUCCCGCAAUGGUUUCGUGAACGAAAUACUGUUUUGCAUGGUGUUGAAGGUCAGGCUGUGGCACAGUCCCGACCGCAGGUUGAGAUAUGUCGGUUGGAGACGGAGGCGAAGAACCCGAAGGCGCAUGCCCAGCUCCAGGGUGGUGGUGAUGGAGGAGACUCGUUACCAUCUGAGGGACAAAGCGACACAGGACAUCGGUAUGUUUUAAGCGAACCGCUGUGGGAAGAACUAUGCGCGUCUGCAAAAGCAGGCUUACGGCUUCCACCUGCCAAAUACGCGAAAGAACCUUCGGCACAGAAAUCGCACCUCGUUCUACAAUACCCGGGAGUGGAUGGCAUCUUAUUCUUGGAUGCGGUCGUGAAGCGAUUGGCCCAGGAGCUAGGCGCGGAUGUCGUGACGUUGAAUGCCCAGGACAUUGCUCAGCUAUGCAGUGAACAAGAUAUGGCGGACAGCGGUGCGACGUCGCCUAUCAGGUCCCUAGGCUACGAGGUCUACCGGCCGUCUAUUGCAGAAUCGUGGCAGGAUCUGGGAGACAACCUGAACGAGAGUGAAGCGGACGAGACCGACUUUAUCGACACUUCGGUGCCGCCGAGAAAUUUCCGGCCUGGCUUAAAGGCACCGAAAUUUAUCACGAUCUCGAGCUCGAGCAAUACCGGUGAUAUUCCAUUGCCAAGUAUUCUUGGUCUCAAAUCAUUAAUGACCUCCUUUAACGGGCCUCUGGAUGGUACAGCUGCGUCACAAAAUCCGAGUGACCGAGUCGAAGAUAGGCGGCUUCGCCUUGUUCACGAGCUAAUCAGCUCACCCAGCAAGCGGUCCCAGCCAGUAGCUGAGACGGAAUCAUCGUCGGAGUCGCAGUCUGGCGCCGUUCGCGACGUCAUCGUGCAGGUGCAGGACUAUGGGGAAAUCCAGGCGACACGUGAAGGUGCUAAGUUUGUUACUCUAUUGCAAAAAGCCAUCAUGGACCGGAGAAAGGCUGGUACUCGAGUUCUGUUCAUUGGCACCUCGGCGCAGGAAAUAAGCCCCGAUUCGGACUCGGCGAGACUCAUGCAAAAUGCAUUUGACGACCAUUUCUCACAAAUGCUGGUCAUUACUCCGGGAAUGGAGUCAAAAAUGGUGGAAAACACGUUUGCAGAAGACCGCAAGCGGCGUACGCUGGACAUCAACAUUCGGCAUAUGCAGGAUAUGCUUCGUACCCGGUUGAAUGAGAGCUCUUCUGCAGUCAAAGACUCCAUUUUCGGAAAUCGGUCUUGGCCACUACCUCCAUCCCUAGUGAAGGAGUCUGGUCUAGAUGAGCGCUACUGGCCUUACAGUCAGAUCCACUGGGCGACAACACUUGCCCUUGGAAGCGUUGGCCCCAACGAACCUUUGGGCUUUGAACACAUCCAGCGUGGUAUUGAGAUGAUGCACAAGACAGACCAAACCAAGAAUGACUGGCUACAAGAGAGGACGCCAAAAUCUACGCUUGAGACAGCUACCGACAGGGAGCGUUUAUUGAACUCUUUGCGCAAAACCUGCAACUCCCACGAGAAGAAGUUGCUGAAUGGCGUUGUCGAUGCCAGCAAUAUCCGGACAACAUUUGCCGAUGUGCAUGUCCCCCCAGAGACUAUCGAUGCGCUGAAGACGCUGACUUCGCUGUCCCUCAUCCGGCCAGAGGCUUUCACAUAUGGCGUCUUGGCCACGGACAAAAUUCCGGGAUUGUUGCUCUACGGCCCGCCAGGUACCGGUAAAACCCUCCUUGCAAAGGCCGUUGCUCGGGAGAGUGGUGCGACUGUUCUGGAGGUCAGCGGUUCCGAGGUGUACGAUAUGUAUGUCGGCGAGGGCGAGAAGAACGUCAAAGCUAUUUUCACUCUGGCGAAGAAACUGAGCCCGUGUGUGGUUUUCAUUGACGAGGCAGAUGCCAUUUUCUGUUCCCGGACCGGGGCAAGUAGUCGCACCUCGCAUCGGGAGCUCAUCAAUCAGUUCCUUCGAGAGUGGGACGGAAUGAACGACAUGUCUGCAUUUAUCAUGGUUGCAACCAACCGGCCAUUCGACCUCGAUGACGCCGUCCUUCGACGUCUGCCAAGGCGACUUCUUGUGGACCUUCCAACGGAGCAGGAUCGUUUGGCCAUUUUGAAGAUCCACCUCAAGGACGAGACCGUCGAUCAGUCGGUCGAUCUAGCUGAAUUGGCUCAUCGGACUCCCCUCUAUUCCGGCUCCGAUCUGAAGAAUCUCUGCGUUGCGGCCGCUCUGGCCUGCGUUCGAGAAGAGAACGACAUGGCGGCCAAACAUCAGGGGGCCGAGCCGUACCAGUAUCCAGCACGUCGCAUAUUGACUCGGGCGCACUUUGAGCGGGGAAUGGAAGAGAUCAGCGCGUCAAUCAGCGAAGAUAUGUCCUCCCUGUCGGCGAUCAGGAAGUUCGACGAGCAGUACGGUGACCGUAAAGGCCGUCGCAAGAAGAGCGCCGGAUGGGGAUUCAUGCCUCUUGGUACGGAGCAGGCCGAAACAGAUGCUGCGCGUGUCCGGACCUGA